AUGUUUGUGCUACGGAAUGCUGCCAAACUCCUCUUCGGCUCGGGCAGCCAAGAGUCCAUGAUCGAACUGCCCCAGGGCCAGCUCUACCUCGUCCGCCCCCUCUCCCCCAAGGGCUACUCCGAACUGCUCUUUAAAGACGCCGCCGCCCGCAUCCGCCGCACCGCCCAGGACUUCCAGUACCAGCUCGUCGUCCAGCGCGUCUACGAGGAAGGCGAGGCCGAGCUGCUCGCCGACGAAGAGGGUGAAGACGCCGAGACAGACCCGCUCGCCGCCGAGCGCGACGAAAAGACCUUUUUGCUCGACGAGGCUCUCGAAUUCCGCGUCGAGAAGCGCGACGAGGACAGCGCGGAGCACGUCCUGUGCUGGCGCGACCUGACGGGCGACGCCGGCGACGUCUACGAGUUUGUGUGCGACCGCAGCACCACCCACGCCGGCCUGGUCCACCAGUUUGAGCUCGCCGCCAAGCAGUGCCAGUACGAGCGCAAGUACCGCAAGCCCUACACCACCGCCACCGACGAAGACCUGCUGCAGUUCGAGUUUGCCGGCAAGCUGAUCCCGCCCGCGAGCCCGCUGCACAGCCCCUCGCUGGCCCGCUCCAUUGCCUCGACCGACUCAAUGCUCGCAGGUGCCGGUGUCGGCACCACCGUGAUCGACACGCCGACCAAGGCGCCUUCCAAAUCCAAGACGGCCGUGCCAGCAGCAACCCCCGCGGCACCACCAGCCGAUCCGGCGGAGACGUCGGCUGGCACGGCCGCCGCGGCGCUCAAGACCAAGGUCGGCGACGCGCCCGAGGCCAAGGAGAUCUUGGCCGCCGAGCUCGCCGAGCUGCACUUUUUCGACUUCCCCUCGGGCUCGUUUGUGCUGCAGGACGCGUCGGUCACGGCCAUUGUCAGCGAGACCGGCAACUGGCAGUACUGGCUGCAGGUCGCGAGCAAGGACCGCGAUUGGCUGGGCGUGCCCGUGGUGGCCGACAUCAACCCGGUCUUCAACUUUGAGUUCCUCAGCUUCAUCUUCAACCAGUUCACCGCCGACGGCACCGCCUACUCGUGGCUGCUGCGCUUCAAGGACCAGGCGACACUCGAGCGGUUCCAGGAGGGCUUGCUGCGUGCCUUGUGGGAGCAGCUCAACGAGGUCAAGUGGUCCAAGAUCAAGGACAAGGAGCGCGAUUAUGUCGCCGACGCCUUUGCGGACCUGGCCAUGACGGACGUUCCCGAAGACGAGGAGGACGAGGAAGAAGAAGAGGCGUCUCAUACGGAAGAGGACGAGGAUGAGGACGCCAAUUGGCCAAGGAGCGAGCACUACGACACUGACGAGGAGGCCGACGACGUGGACCUUCAUCCCCGCGACAAGUCCACCAACAAGUCGCUCGCCGUUGGCUACAAGCACGACCGCUCCUUCGUCGUGCGCGGCUCGCAGAUUGGUGUCUUCAAGCACACGCCCCAGAACCAGCUCGAGUUCUCCACCAACAUCUCCAAGAUCGAGACGCCCGGCGGCAAGCUGUUCAGUCCCAAGAAGGUCAUGCUGCACAACGAGGAUCGUAACAUGAUCCUGCAAAAUGACACCGACCCCAACAAGCUGUACCGCAUGGAUCUCGAGUACGGCAAGGUUGUCGACGAGUGGAACGUCCAUGAAGACAUUCCGGUUGUGACGUUCGCGCCCGAGAACAAGUUUGCCCAGAUGACCCACGAGCCCACGUUCCUCGGUGUGUCGCACAACGCCCUGUACCGCGUCGACCCGCGUCUCGCCGGCUCCAAGCUGGUGGACUCGGAGCUCAAGCAGUACGUCUCCAAGAACGACUUCUCGGCGCUUGCCACCACGGGCAAGGGUCACAUUGCCGUUGCCUCCAACAAGGGCGACAUCCGCUUGUUUGAUCGGCUCGGCAUCAACGCCAAGACCCAUAUUCCCGCCCUUGGCGAGCCCAUUCUGGGUUUGGAUGUCUCGGCCGACGGCCGCUGGAUCCUGGGUACCUGCCGCACCUACCUGCUGCUCAUUGACGCGCUGCAGUCGAGCGGCAAGAACGAGGGCCGCCUUGGCUUUGAGAAGUCGUUUGCCGCCGACAGCAAGCCACAGCCGCGCCGUCUGGCCCUGACACCGGAGCACGUCGCCCAGUUCGCCCACGAGACCGGCAAAGGCGUCACCUUUACGCCUGCCAAAUUCAACACGGGCGAGGGCGCCGAAGAGACCAGCAUCAUCACCGCCACAGGCCCCUAUGUCAUUGAGUGGAGCCUCAAGAAGGUCCUGCGCGGCAGCAAGGCCCCCUACAUGAUCAAGCGCUACCGUGACGACGUCAAGGCCGACGACUUCCAGUACGGCACCGACAAGAACAUCAUCAUGGCCCUGCCUCACGAAGUCAACAUGGUCGACAACAAGUCGCUCAAGCGGCCCACGCGCGAAAGCAUCGCCGGCGCGGCUCUCGCCGGCGCCGGCGGCAGCGGCGGUCGGCGGAGCGGCGGCAGCCGCAUCUCGGGCGUCAACAGUGGGCGCUACAAGCUGGGCAAGGACGACGUUGUGGACUCGCCAUACUAG